AUGUCCCUGUGGGACGUGCUAGCAUGGCAACGCCCCAUAGUUACGGGUACAAUACUUGGAACUAUGCUUUCGGUACUGACCGUAUUUUGCGUUAUGGAAUACACAAUGGUAACAUUCCUCUGCCGCAUUCUGCAGCUGUUCCUACUGCUUGGUGUCGUUGUGGGUUUAACGAAUCGAUGCAAGCUCACCUCCGACGACAUUCACUGCGCUGUUAACCGAUUUGUGGACUACGCCACUCCCCGGCUGGUGGCAGCCCUUGAAACGACGCACAACGUUGUGACGUGGCGUGACUACACCACUUCUGGGACGGUGACUGUAGUUAGCGUCGUGAUUGCUUUUCUCGGAAACUUUAUCUCCGACUUCGGCUUUUUCAUGAUUGCCUUUGUGUUGGCUUUCACAGUUCCUGUGGUGUACGAGAAGAAGAAGGAUGUGAUCGACCAGUGGGUGGAAAUGGUCGUGUCGCAAGUGCAGAAGUACAUGGGGACGAUCAAGACGAAGGUGGAGGAAGCGACCAAGAAGAAGGAGUAA